GGCCCGGAGGCAAUUAUCAAUCAGUUGUUCUUUCUCAUUGGAAAAGCACCUACACCCAAAACUUAAUCAACAUGUUCAAGUUCGUCGCUAUCGUCCUCAUGGCCCUCAUUGCCUUCGUCGCUGCCAAGCCUGCAGUUCUAGCUCCACUUGCCUACAGCGCUCCUUUGGUCGCAGCUCCAGCUUCAGCUGUUGUAUCCCAGGAAUACCACGGAAACGGAUUUGUCUCGCCAUACGUAAGUGCUUAUUCAGCACCGUUUGUUGCUGCCCCAGCUGCCUAUUCUGCUCCUCUUCUAUUGUAAAUAUGGAUAAAAACUAGGACGAAACAGGAUUAAAUUUGAACCCGCAUGUUAUGAAAGGAUUUCUGCGUAAAUUGGAAAUGAGAAUAAAAACGAUUGCAUUGGAAAAA